UCUGGCCGAUCUCGGCAAUGAUGAAGCAGGGGUGGGGACCGCCGAUGGGGCGCCCCGGGCAUAGCUCGAACUCCAGCGGCAUCGCGACCCCUCCACAGCACAGACAGCAGCACCGGCGGGCAGCAGGAAGAGGGGAGGCUGCGCAUGCGCCUUAUCCCCGCCCCGUCUCCCGGGCAACGCAACUGCUUCCGGUUAUGGUCUCGCCCUCCCAGGAGCCAAAUUCCACUCGGGGCACAAAAAAAACUGCUGGAAGAGAGCGACCUAGUUUGGUUGGCCGGCCGGCCAGAGGGGUGGCUGAGUUGGCUCGACUGGAAGCUGGCUGUGUUUUGCUUGAUGCAGAAUACCGAUGAAGUGGAUGCUGCCUCUGGAGACUCCAGCCAGGAGAACGUUGCUGAUGUGUAUGCUGCUAUCUCUGAAGCCGACGGCCUGUACCAGGAGCCAGACAGCAUACGCAGGUGGAGAGAAGAACAAAUCAAACACUUGGAGGCUUUGGAUGCAAACUCGCGUGAAGCGGAGCUAGAGUGGAGAGAGAAGGCUAAGAAAGAAUUGGAAGACUGGUACACACAACAGGAGGAGCAUCUGGAGGAAAUGAAAACCAAUAACAGGAUUCUGGAUGAAGCUUUCUACAAACAACCGUUCGCCGAUGUCAUUGGCUAUGUCACAAACAUCAAGCAACACUGCUACAACCUACAACAGACAGAGGACACAGCGGCAGGUGAAGUCCAGGAAAUUGGCUCAGGCUCAGACUGGGAACGUGUCCUACACCUGUGCGACUUGAACUCGAAGACCAGCAAGCCAUCCAAGGACGUGUCCCGGAUGCGUUCUGUUCUCCUCUCUCUCAGCCAGGUACCCGUGGCUCUGAAGUAAAACCAGAGAGUUUGGACCAAGCUUUCGUAAGAGAAGCAUUAACACUGGCACUGUCUGGAAGGAUCGCUGGUGUUGAAAUCUGCUCACAUUCCUUGUCCUCUCAGGUUACCGCCUGGUGAAGGAAGGUUGUGUCCAGGAGAGGGGCUUCAUCUAUACUCAGUAACCAGGCAUUUGCUGUAUGCUUUUUGUGAAUAGUGGCUCUGCUGUUAGUCGUCUGUGUUCACUGAAUGGUGCAUUGUUUCCUUCACAAAUGUAAAUAAGGAUUAAAACUGGAUUAUCAACCAGUAUUACACUGAAGAUAAAAUAAAAUAUACCACAGC